CACGACGUAGGGCGUGCUUUCCGGCAGCGGAGGCGUGCUUUCCGAUUCUCCCUCCAUCGGGCUUUUUUUUUUCCGGGGUGGUACUUCCCGUCUCUCCGCGCAGGGCGCCGGGCUGCAGAGCCGGGGAGCGGAUCGCCUGGCGGGGCUCCGCCCCCAGCGUCCCGUGGCCAUGACAACGGCCCCGCGGGACUCCUUAUUGUGGAAGCUCGCGGGGCUGCUGCGGGAAUCAGGGGAUGUGGUCCUGUCUGGCUGCAGCACACUGAGCCUGCUGACUGCCACACUGCAGCAACUGAGCCACGUAUUUGAGCUGUACCUGGGGCCAUGGGGCCCUGGCCAGACAGGCUUUGUGGCUCUGCCCUCCCACCCCACCGACUCCCCUGUCAUCCUCCAGCUUCAGUUCCUCUUCGAUGUGCUGCAGAAAACGCUUUCACUCAAGCUGGUCCAUGUCCCUGGUCCUGGCCUCCCAGGGCCCAUCAAGAUUUUUCCCUUCAAGUCCCUUCGGCAGCUGGAGCUCCGAGGUGUCCCUGUCCACUGCCUUCAUGGCCUCCGUGGCAUCUAUUCCCAGCUGGAGACCCUGAUUUGCACCAGGAGCAUCCAGACAUUAGAGGAGCUCCUCUCAGCCUGCGGUGGCGACCUCUGCUCUGCCCUGCCCUGGCUGGCUCUGCUUUCCGCCAACUUCAGUUACAAUGCACUGACUGCGUUAGACAGCUCCCUGCGACUCUUGUCAGCUCUGCGCUUCUUGAACCUGAGCCACAAUCAACUCCAGGGCUGCAAGGACUUCCUGAUGGACUUGUCUGAGCUCUACCACCUGGACAUCUCCUAUAACCACCUGUGUUUGGUGCCGAGAAUAGGACCCUCAGGAGCUACUCUGGGGACCCUGAUACUGCGAGGCAAUGAGCUCCGGGGCCUGCACGGCCUGGAGCAGCUGAAGAAGCUGCGGCACCUCGAUGUGGCUUACAACCUGUUGGAAGAACACAGGGCACUGGCACCGCUGUGCCUGCUGGCCGAGCUCCGCAAGCUCUACCUGGAGGGAAACCCUUUGUGGUUCCACCCUGCACACCGAGCGGCCACCGCCCAGUACCUGUCACCCCGGGCCAGGGGUGCUGCUUCUGGCUUCCUUCUUGAUGGGAAGGUCCUAUUACUGACUGAUUUUCAGACCUCCACAUCCUCAGAGGCCCCGACUCCGUCCUGGCCGGUGGGGAGUACUACGGAAACCUCAGGGGGUGUUGACUUGAGUGACAGCCUCUCCUCAGGGGGCAUUGUGGCCCAGCCCCCGAUUCGUAAGUUGAAGGGCCGAGUUCGCGUGAGGCGGGCGAGCAUCUCAGAACCCAGUGACACGGACGCAGAGCCCCGGACUCCGGACCCCUCCCCGGCUGGACGGUUUGUGCAGCAGCAUCGGGAACUUGAACUCAUGAACAGCUUCCGGGAACAGUUUGGCCGGGACUGGCUGCAGUACAGGAAUCACCUGGAGACCUCGGGAAUGCCCGCUCUGGCUUCCUCUAAGACUCCCGCCCUCAGCACACUGCCCCCGGACACACGGAGCCCCGAGCCUGUGCCCAGUCCUCCACUGCCAGAGGAGUCGCCACAGGAAAUGGCAGAGGAGGACAGCGUGGGGCUCGAGCCACAGGCGGAAGAGGAGUUUGAGGAGCCAGGAAAAGAGGAGGAGGAGGAGGAGCAGAAGGAAGUGGAAGCGGAGCUCUGUCGCCCCAUGCUGGUAUGUCCCCUGGAGGGGCCUCAGGGCGUGCGGGGCCAGGAGCGCUUUCUCCGGGUCACGUCCGGGCACCUGUUUGAGGUGGAACUCCAAGCAGCUCGGACCCUAGAACGGCUCGAGCUCCAGAGUCUGGAGGCAGCUGAAAUAGAGCCUGAGCCUGAAGCCCGGGGGGAACCACUGCCCGAGGGCUCAGAGCUGCCCUCCUUACCCCCUGUCCUCGCUCUUCGCUUCUCUUACAUUCGCCCGGACCGGCACUUGCGUCGCUAUGUGGUGCUAGAGCCUGACGCCCAAGCCGCCGUCCAGGAGCUGCUUGCUGUGUUGACCCCAGCAGCCACCAAGGUUCAGCAUCAGCGGGGGGAAGCAAGGGACCAGCUUGGGGGCAGACUCCAGUGUCUCCGCUGUGGCCACGAUUUCAAGCCGGGGGAUACCAGGUUGGAACCGGACAGUGUGGAGGGCUGGAGGCCUGUGUUCCAAAAUGCAGAGUCUCCUACUGUGUGUCCAAACUGUGGUAGUGACCAUGUGGUUCUCCUGGCUUUAUCCGGGGGUACCCCCAACGGAGAGGAGAGCCAGGAAGAGCAGCUGCCAGCCUCGUCGCAGUCCCCCAGCACAGUCCACGAUGACCCUCCUGGUGAAAGUGACGACAGCACCAGGGCUGAUAGCACCCCAUCUCAGGCACUGGGCUCCCUCGACCGCCACGGGUGGAGCCUCAGUCCCCCCCCCGAGCGCUGUGGCCUCCGCUCUGUGGACCACCGACUCCGGCUCUUCUUGGAUGUUGAGGUGUUCACCGAUGCCCAGGAGGAGUUCCAGUGCUGCAUCAAGGUGCCACUGGCAUUGGCAGGCCACCCUGGGGAGUGUCUGUGUCUCGUGGUCGUGUCUGACCACAGGCUUUAUGUGCUGAAAGUGACAGGAGAGAUCUGCGGGCCUCCAGCUAGCUGGCUGCAGCCAACCCUGGCCAUUCCCCUGCAGGAUCUGAGCUGCAUAGAGCUGGGCCUGGCAGGACAGAGCCUGCGGCUGGAGUGGGCAGCUGGAGCAGGCUGCUGUGUCCUGCUGCCCCGAGAUGCCAAGCAUUGCCGAGCCUUCCUAGAGGAACUCACUGAGUUCCUGGGAUCUGGAAAUACGGAGAAGGGGAAGGUGUUGAGAGGCAGUGAGGUUGGGAUAGAGGAGAUGGAGUCACGAGGGCUUCCUUUCUCUGGCUGGCACCGUCCAGAUGUCUUGCAGUCUCUGCCCCCAGCCUGGAGGAGCAGUGUCAGUGCCACCGAGGAGGAGGUGACCCCAGACCACCGAUUCUGGCCACUACUGGAAGGAGACUCUUCCUCAGAGCCUUCCCGGUUCUUCUACCUUCAAGUGUUCCUGGUGGACGGCCCCGCGACCUAUCCUGUGUCCGUGCUGCUGACUCUGUCCACCUUGUACCUGUUAGAUGAGGACCUUGUAGGGUCCCAGGCGGAAGCCCCUCUUCCAGCGGCAUCUGGCGAAGCCUCUGAGAAGGCCCUGCCUUCGAGGCCCGGCCCCUCCUUGUGUGUCAGGGAGCAGCAGCCACUCAGCAGCUUGAGCUCGGUGCUGCUCUAUCGCACGGCCCCGGAGGACCUGCGGCUGGUCUUCUACGAUGAGGUGUCCCGGCUUGAGAGUUUCUGGGCACUCCGUGUCAUGUGUCCAGAGCAGCUGACCCCCCUGCUAGCCUGGAUCCGGGAGCCCUGGGAGCAGCUGUUUUCCAUUGGCCUCCGAACUGUGACCCAAGAGACUCUGGACCUUGACCGGUGAAGCCUCCACUCGGGCCCCGCCCUGGCUGCAGGAGCCUGGCCACAGGUGUUCUCCAGGCUCUGGCUGUGGACUUCCCCAAGGUCUGGGCCCCAAAUGACUCACGGCUCCAGGGAAGGGAGAGAGAAAUGGUCAGGCCUCUGGAUGACCUGGCCCGAGGGGACAGGCUAAGUGGCCAUAGGAAUGUUCCUUCUGCACUUUUUCUCAGGUGUCAGUAAAGCUAUUUCCAUU